UCCUCAUACGUCCUUACAACCAUUAGUAAUUCAAGCCGUGACGGCUAUUUUCAAGACUCUUGGGACUAAAUGCGUUCCCUACUUAAAGCACUUCCUUCCUCUUUUUCAAAAAGUUAUGAAGGUUUGCGGAAAUACGAUAUUUGAAUUUCAAAAGCUCGUCUUUCAGCAACUUUCGAUCAUCGUCUCGAUCAUUAAGCAGUACACAUACGAUUACCAAAAUCAGUUGUUCGAAAUUUGCUUGACGUACUGGUCAGACCCGAAGCUGAUCGAACACAUUAUUGCCUUGAUCGAGCAAAUUUUCUUUGCCCUAGGAGAUAAGUUCAGCUCUUGCCUCGUCUUUCUCCUUCCAAAGAUGUUGCAGACUCUACAGGAAUCGGCUCAGAACGUUCGAGUGGUUCAAGGCAUACUUCGAUGUUUCAAGGCGUUUGGCCAAAUGGUCGAAAACUGCAUUCACCUGAUUCUUCCAGUCGUCAUGCAGCUUAUUGUCGACAGUCCAAAAGUCCUUUUUUAUUCACAAAACGCUUACAGUUCUCCGCCGCCUCGUCCAUAUGGGCCGGAAUCAGACGUCGCGAAGUCCAAGCAAAUCCAGUUCGUUGCGAUUUGCUAUCUUUCGGAGCUCACUCUGAACCACGACAUUUCUAAGUACGCCAUUUCUAUCAUUCACCACAUCACCAAAUAUCUGGAACAUGCACACAGCGACAUGGUUGAGCCGUGCGUCGAGGUGUUGUCAAACAUAGCGGUUCGACUCAACCAGAACUUCGAGGUGUUCGUUCCGAUGAUUUACGCCACGUUCUCCAAACUGUCCAUCCGUUCAAUCCGAUUCAACAUCAUAUGCCAGUCCAUUUUGAACAAGAAGCCCAUUCCGAUCAUCCCGAGCAACAUUCGUGCAUCGAGCAUAUUUUCGUCCUCUUCAGAAGGGCACCAGCCCGAUGGCUGCGACAAGCAGGAGCAGGAAGCCGAUUCGAAUUAUUAUUUGGAUAAUUUUUCGUUUACGUCUGAAUUCGACAGCAAAAACGGGCUCUUGAAUUUUUUUUGGAAUACAGGGCAGUCGUUUACAAAAGCAGAUUGGUAUGAAUGGUUUCGAAGAUUUUCGAUAGUGCUCCUGUCAGGGUCUUCAUCCCAAGCCCUUCGGUGCUGUGUGCCGUUGGUGAAGGCCCAGUAUUCGCUUGCGCUAGAAUUGUUCAAUGUGGGCUUUAUUUCGUGCUGGGAGCAGUUAUCGGAUGAGUUGAGGAUGCAGCUCACCGACUCUCUGAAAAAUGCGCUGUCGUCCAAUAUUCCGGCGGAAAUUUUGCAAAUUUUAUUGAAUUUGGUCGAGUUUUUAGAGCAUCACGAGCAAUGUUUGCCGAUAGACAACAAAACGCUGGCUUCUCUCGCAAUUAAGUGCCACGCCUAUGCUAAGGCCCUACAUUACAAGGAGGCAGAGUUUUUCCAGCAGAUGUCGCCGGCGCUGAUGGAAGAUAUCAUAUUUCUAAAUUAUAAGCUGCAAUUACAUGAAGCGGCGCAAGGCAUGUUGAAAUUGGCCCAGGAUACGGGCGGUGUGGUGAUCAAGUUGUCUUGGUACGAGAAGUUGAUUCGCUGGUCUACCGCGUUGGAGGCGUACGAGAGUCUCCAGCUGAAGCACCCGGACGACAUUGAGAUCACGGUGGGCAGAAUGAGAUGUAUGCACGAUCUUGGCGAUUGGGACGCAUUGUCGGACCUUUGUCGCAAGACGUGGGCACUACAAAAGAACGGUCCCAAGAAGUUGGAGAUUGCCACGCUGGCGCUGUCUGCCGCCUUGAACUCCUUUCAGUGGGACAUGAUAGAGACGUACGUGGAUUACUUACCGGUGCAGAGUUUGGAUGGGAGCUUUUAUCGGGCCUUUAUGUAUGUGUACAAACAGGAUAGUCAGCAGGCGGCGGAUUACAUUGCGGUGGCGCGCGAGUUGGCGGCCACGGAGUUGACGGCGCUGAUUGGUGAAAGUUACAGUUGUGCCUAUUCGGUCGUGGUAAGAAUUCAGCAGUUGACGGAGUUGGAGGAGAUUUUGAUGAUCAAGCAGUGGAAUGGCAAGUAUCCGGAGAAGGAGAAGAACAUUUUGAAUUUGUGGAAGAAGCGUUUGCAGGGGGUAGAAAGGAAUGUAGAGGUGUGGCAGAGUUUAUUGAAUGUGAGGAGUUUAGUGGAGCCGCCGAGAUCCGUGGUUUAUUGGUGGACGAAGUUCGCCAAUUUGGUUCGAAAGAGCGAUCGUCCGAAAAAGGCGCAGAGGAUUUUGACCUAUUUGUUGACGGGCCAAAAUGCGGAGUUGUCCGCGGACGACCCUGUUCCGGAUACGUUCCCCAUGGUGAAGUAUGCUUAUCUUAAUUUGCUGUGGCAGACGCCCAAGACGAGCGAGUGGGCGUACCGCAAGAUGGAGGAGUGGGUGUCUCAUUUUUCCGCGAACACGAUCAUAUCAGCGAGGGACAAGGCUCGGUGUUACGCCAAACUGUCGUGCUGGCACCUGCGCGCGUAUGGCGAGCACUUGAAUGACGCGGCGAUUCAGCGCAUUGUGAGGACGUCGAAGUUGGCAAUUGAAAAUGCGCCUGAUUGGUAUCGUGCGUGGCACGUGUGGGCGUACGCAAAUUACCGCUUUGUCUCUCAUUUGGAGAAGAGUUCGGAUCACGCGAACUUGGAUUGCUACUUGCUAUCGGCGAUUACCGGGCUCAUCAAGGCGAUCGUGCUGUCGUCGAAGAACAACCUGCAGGACAUUUUACAGCUGUUGAUGUUGUGGUUUAAGUACGGAACUAAGAAGGACGUUGAGCUGGCCAUGUUGGACGGCUUCAACGUCAUAUCGGUGGAGAAGUGGCUUUUGGUGAUACCUCAGUUGAUGGCGAGAGUUCACGCGUCUCAUCGGAGCGUGUCCCAGGGCAUUCACAGCAUUUUGACGGCGUUGGGGAAGUCCCAUCCUCAGAUGCUGGUGUUUCCGUUGAUGGUGGCGAAGCGGUCUCCCUAUCCUCUGAGAGCGAGCGCCGCGCAGUCCAUAUUGACAUCAAUUCGGAGUCACUCCAUGGAGCUGGUGGACGAGGCUAUUUUGGUCUCCACCGAGUUGAUUCGAAUUGCGAUCUUGUGGAAAGAAAAGUGGUACAAGGGCCUGGAUGAGGCGUCCUACUAUUACUAUGUCGAAAAGAAGGUGGACAGCAUGACAAUCGUCUUGCAGCACUUGAACGACAUGCUGGAGAAAGGUGCCGAGACACUUUCGGAACAGGCCUUUAUCAAGGCGUUUGGAAAGGAUUUAUCCAAAGCGUGGGAAGAAGUCAAAGAUUACCUGAAGACCAAAAACGCGUCAUCGAUUCAAGCCGCGUGGAAGCUAUACGGCCACGUGUUUCGAGCCAUCAAGCGCCAGUUUAUGCAGGAUUCCGACCGGAUUCACUUGAAGAACGUCUCUCCUCGUCUGUUGGGCAUGAGCAACCUGUCUUUGAGUGUACCAGGGACCUACCGCGUCGGAAGUGCGGUGAUCCGAAUCAAGCGCUUCAAUCCGGUUUUGAAGGUGAUUCCUUCUAAAAGGAAACCACGAAAGGUCAUUGUGAACGGAAUGGAUGGCGUAGAUUACGGGUUCUUGUUGAAGGGACACGAGGAUUUGCGCCAAGACGAAAGGGUGAUGCAGCUGUUCGGCUUGGUCAACACUUUCUUGAGCUCGGAUCCCAACACUUCGAAGGUCCAUUUGAGCAUUCGACGAUUUGAAGUCGUUCCUUUGUCCUCCAACACGGGCUUGAUAGAAUGGGUGCCUCAUUGCGACACGAUUCACGAAUUGAUCAAGCACUAUCGCAAAUUGCACAGCAUUCCUUUGGACGCAGAGCAGAUUAUCAUCACGUCGCUGGUGCCGAAGCCGGACAUAUCGAGUUACUACAAGCUGACCCUGAUGCAGAAAGUGUGCGUAUUUCAAGCGGCGCUGGACGGGACAAGUCGACUCGACCUGGGACGAGCGUUUUAUCUCAACUCCAAGGGCGCCGAGGACUGGCUCGAGCGCAGAACCAGCUAUACAAGGUCUCUCGCCGUAAUAUCAAUCGUUGGGUACAUUCUGGGAUUGGGGGAUCGUCAUCCGAACAACUUCUUGUUGAGUCGUUCUUCCGGGAAGAUUUUGCAUAUUGAUUUUGGCGACUGCUUUGAGGUCGCCAUGCAGCGCGAGAGCCACCCGGAAAAGGUCCCAUUUCGUCUAACUCGUAUGAUGGUGGGUGCUAUGGAGGCCUGUGGCAUAUGCGGGACGUUCAGAAUCACCUGCGAGUCCGUUAUGAGGGUGCUGAGAUCCAAUUCUGACUCCAUUCUCACUGUCCUUGAAGCCUUUGUUCACGACCCUUUUAUCAAUUGGCGUCUCGUCACGCCCUUCAUCGGACCCUUCUCCUACACAGGCACUCUUGAGGAUUGCGCCAACACCCUGGCUACUCACCAAAACCACCCCUCUUCCAUUGACCUUGAGGGCGAAGGCUGCAUUCGAGCCCCAGCAGCUGCCACCUCUGCCUCGAGAAAAAUCGACAUCAACAAUCUGUGUGCUCCGGACACAGAUAUGCACGAAACCCUGAAUUCGGAAUCCCUGAAGGCCAUUCAGCGCGUCAGCAACAAGCUCAGCGGUGCUGACUUCCCCGGAAAGGGACCCCUGAACGAAGCGACCCAAGUCGGAUUCUUGAUUCGUGAAGCCACCUCCAUCGAGAACCUCUGCUCCGCCUUUUUGGGAUUUUGCGCCUAUUGGUGAAGGCGCGCAGUACGGCUCUCUACGACGGCGCUCAAUGACAAAUUAUUUUGUGCAAGGCAAGUCGUACCAAUACACAAGCGUUGACACAUCCCUGGGGCGUGCGCAAAACAGGCUCUAUAACGGAUCUCUAUUGCUCGCUUUUUGAAAAACCCUGCGCAAGAGCGACUGGGACGAUCGCGCCUCUGCGCUGCCAACGGCACAACGAUCCGGCGCUCUUCUCUUCACCUACGGCCGUGCAAACUGGCGAGCACUUCCGAACGAGAGACGCCCGAGGGGGCGCUAGAAACCGUCUGCCCUCGUCCGCAGACUGAGAUUUCGCAUGUACAGACAAGCUUCUUCUUCUCUCAGGAAGGCAGCUGCUCCGGAGGGGCGUAUCGUACGAAGAUGACGCUGAGCGCUUCAUUGUACGAGGCGCCAAGGAAAAAACGCGCUGUACUCCAUCACCAACAUGCCAAAUGCUAUUUUUGGCUGCUGGAAUUUGUGUUUCUAUAAGAAGUCCUGCGUACGCCUUUUUUUCCAAGGUGUUGCUAGUGCGACUGCCGUUUCUCCAUGAACUUAGGCCAUCUUGCUCUCCAGCGCUGGUCUCGUCGGCUCUCCCCGACUUGGUGCCUCGAGUUUUCCGCGUGUCUGCUCUCUCUGCAAUAUCUUCUUGGCGCGCUCGCCCCCCUUUCUAUGUACUUUUUUUUCGUGUAAAUACUUUUUCUCGCGUUGUGCGCUACACUCUUCAUGAAACCUUUUUUAUAUGUUCAAAACCGGCGGCUUCUCGUUCCUCGCAAAUUCGCACUAGUCCUUGACCUGUGCGUUCUGGCCUGAGAUUCAUCUAUCUUGUCUCCUCGGAGAACACAAGUGCGCCCCUACUUGCUCACUACCAAAAAUGGUUCAUUCGCAUUGCUCGAGAACUCUAAAACCUGUCUUUCUUUGGUUAUCAUAACCGUCCUCUCUGGUGC